AUGCCUCCCGUUUUCCAACCUCCCCCUUCGCCAUUUGGGAGCAAGAGGACAACCCCCAACCCACGGACGAUUCUACCGCGGUCUUCCCCAGGAGAAACACAGCCCGCAGGUCUCAUCGCCCUCGGCGUCUGUCUAGGGGUUGUCAUGGCCUUGGUUCUUAUUUGGUACACUUGUUGUCGGGCACAGAGAGGGCCGUUCAAAGAAAUACAGAUGUACAAGAAGGGAUCGCGGUUGAGGAAGGAGGUUCGCUCCAUGCGAGCCUCACCAUUACCCCGGAACGUAUCCGAACGCCCCCGUUCCCGAGCACGGUCCCUAACCUCUUCGGACGCCUCAGGCUCCGGUUCGAGUGACCCAUCUACCGAGGGUUCAUCCGAAACUUCAACAUCCUCUCGCUCGGCUGAGGAGGUGCCCCCGCCCCAAGCCACCGCUGUCAGGGGUUACUGGGUGCCAGUACACGAAGUGCCCCCCUCCGAGAUCGCAACGGAGAGCGACAUCACAGAGCCGCCCAUGGCUCACACCCACAACCCGAUGAACUUUCUCGACCCGAGUCUCACCGGUUCGUCCGGGCGAAUUCAGCGCUCCGUCGGCCCCCCAACAGCAGUACCAGGUGUUGUUUACCAGCCAAACGGGGUGGCCACGAUGGAGACGCCGCUAGGGAGACAGGCCGUCACGGAUCUUCCGGCCUACACGAGGAACCUUGGAGCACCACAAGGCCAUGUCUGGAGUUACACCCGCGAAGGACGACAAGAACCGGUACCCCGUGAAGCAUCGGGUGCGCUGAAUCGUGGUACCUCCAACUGGUGGGAAGCUGGAUCAACGAGCGACUGA